AUGUCUGACGCUUUGUCUGAACGAAUAAACAGCUAUGUGAUGUGUAGCACUCGUAUCAAUAUGAUGCUGUAUGUGUAUUGCAAACUUGCCUUAUUUGAUUUAUUUCGUUUUGCCUUUGUCAUUCUGUAGAUAUUUGUCACACCAUACAAUAUUCGCAGUAAAACGAAUUUUCGUAACAUUCGUAAUUUCAACAUUCGAUAUUUAUUAGAUAUUGUAAAUUGCGACAGAUAUUAUCAAUACUGAUAAGUAAAUUGUUGACACAACGAAUAAACUGUGUUUCAUUGUUUCGUUCAGUUUAUUGCACGAUUCAUUGGAAUGAAUGUACGAACUCCGAUAAUUUUUCUUCUUAACAACUGAAUUGUUUACAAACAAACGCACGCCACGUUGAUACGCAUUACAUGUAUCAUAAUAUAGUGAUAUAGCAAUCGCUCGUAGUAUGAUUGGCCGAUUGCCAGUCGAGUUAUCCUUGGCUAUUCUUCAAGUCAUUUUACUGAUAAGAGGUGCGUAACUAGCACUUAUACGUAGACGUGUAGACUUAUAUUUAUAAGUAUUUCUUCUUUACCCUAUUCUUUUCUAUUUUAUUCAUUCUUUAUUCUUUAGAGUUUUUAUGACUUUAUUUAUACUAAUCCGAGGAAAAUAAUUGUUUCAAGUACUCGAGUUUCACAAUAGAACUGUAGAUAUCUACUCUUUUGUCUGUCCUUUCAAAUUGAUUUUUAAAUUAAAUUAAAGGUUAUUAGCAACACUAUGAGAGAAUAGUCGAUAGUACAAGUCAAAUGUUAGAUUAAUACUAAUUUAUCGAGUGAUGGAUAAAUAUUAACAAAUUAUGUAUUUUAUUGUUUUCGAAAUCAUCUUUGCCGUGUUUCUGCCAAUUUAACAUUAGUAAAAAUGAUUAUGAUUUCUGAAUAAGCUUUUGCCGGCAUUUUUCAAAUAAAAAUGAUCGAUAAUGAAUAUCAACCUCAAUGUUAAAUCAUCGACAAUAUUUUAUACAAGUAUAAUAUAUUAUAAGUAUACUUCGAUUUCACUUUACUUGGUAAUAAUGAUUCAUAGCAAUUUACAGGCACCACAAAUAUUUGAUCUGAUUAUGCAAGCAAAGUGUGAUUGAUUUACGACGGCGAUCAAGUUCUCGUCGCGUGAUAAAAAUUUUCACAUUGUUCUCGGCGUGUUAGGCGAGCCCCGUAGCGGAAAACUAGCCUACAUUGCCUGUGUAAAAAACGUGUCGUCUAGUAAACUCGAUCCGCGACUUCAAUUGACGGUCAACGUAGAACCCGCCGCGAGUAUCUUCAAUUUCACCGGACGAUACAGGAUCCGUUUGUACGGUUUUAAACACUUUUAAAUCGGAUUAUUAGAGAUUAGAGGAACAGCUCAUAGGCCAGACAGAGGGCUUGUCUUUCUCUCUCAGUCGUAAAGGGAUUCAGCAGAUUUCUGUUUUAUUUGUCUGUUUUUUCUGCGCAGGAAACCGAGCUGCUGGAAAAGAAUACCGAUUGGAUUUACGAAUGGAGUUCGCGCCCGGAUCAAAUGCCCCCGAA